GAACAUUGCUGCAAACGCGUACGAAGUGUCUUAUUCAUACAUUUCAUACCGCUUUUUUUAUUAUUAUUUUGGAGUGGUUUGCGCAUGCGAAGAGGCAAGCUGAGGCCACUUGCUGAUGACCGAGUUGAGAGCAUCGAUCGCUCUCAAAGCGCUCAGCAGGAUAUGCGCGUUUUUACAUAAACCUGGUGAAAACAGAUUUCCUGCUUUUAUUUUCUCCCGCUGCUACGUUUCACGCAACAGGCAGCAACACCAAUGUGGAGACCGCGCUGAGGGAACGGUACCACCUGUAACGGUGCGCCUAUCUGCUGCCGACUUUCACGUCGACGCCGAGGAUGAAGAAGCAAAACGUCCGGACCCUGUCGCUCAUCCUCUGCAUGUUCUCCUACUUGCUGGUCGGCGCCGCGGUGUUUGACGCGCUGGAGUCCGAGUCGGAGAGCUCCCGCAGACGCAUCUUGGAGCAGAAGCGCAACGAGAUGAAGAAGAAGUACCGCUUCUCCGAGCACGACUACCGCGAAAUCGAACGAGUGGUGCUGCAAGCUGAGCCCCAUCGCGCCGGGAGACAAUGGAAAUUUGCUGGCUCUUUUUACUUUGCCAUAACAGUCAUCACCACCAUUGGUUAUGGUCAUGCAGCACCAGGCACAGAUGCCGGAAAGGUCUUCUGCAUGUUCUACGCUGUACUGGGAAUUCCUCUCACUUUGGUCAUGUUCCAGAGCCUGGGAGAAAGGAUGAACACGUUUGUCCGCUAUCUCCUACAUAAGGUGAAGCAGUGCCUGGGCUGUCGACGCACUGAGGUGUCCAUGGAGAACAUGGUCCUGGUGGGCUUCCUGUCCUGCAUUGGAACCCUGUGUGUUGGGGCCGCAGCCUUCUCCCACUUUGAGCGAUGGAGCUUCUUCCAUGCUUACUACUACUGCUUCAUCACACUCACCACUAUCGGCUUCGGGGACUUUGUGGCCCUGCAGAAAAAGGAGGACCUCCAGGAGAAAACGCCCUACGUGGCGUUCAGCUUCAUGUACAUCCUGGUGGGGCUAACUGUUAUCGGGGCCUUCUUGAACUUGGUGGUGCUUCGCUUCCUCACCAUGAACACCGAGGAUGAGCGGAGGGACGCUCAAGAGAGGGCGUCGCUGAAGAGGGACCGGGGCCUUUUGGAUGGGUCUCUGGGUCUCCGUGUUGUAGGGGAACAGAGCAGAGGCAGCCACAGAGAGAGGAACAGGAGCAAUGCGGUGCACGGUCGCAGCCACAGCACGCUCUUCCUCCCGAUGGAGGAAGGAACCAGCUGCACCAACCUCAUCGCUUCCCCAGCGGAUCAGGAAAGGCAAGGAAGCCCCUGCAGACACAGGCUGCAUUUUCAGAUCAAGGCAGGCAGACGCCAGCCAGAGACAAGCCUAAGCUCCCUCUGCUCCUGUGUGUGCUACCGUUUGGGGAUUUGUGAUAGUCCUCUUAUGUCCCACGGUGAGCACCACGGCUGUCAUAUCAAUUCUGUUUUCGACAACUCAGUCUCCUACAGGAUCCAGGGCUGCUCGCCGGGCUCCAGGGACAACACUGGACUCUCUUCCCCAGGAAGCACGCUCUCACCGGGGCAUAGCUUCCGUGAGUUCCCUCGUUCAAGGAGAAAGUCUGUGUAAAGAGCACUAUAGUGAGGUGUUUGCACAGACUGUAAGCAGCAUUUUCAAUGACACUGUAUUUUGUGUUACACCUUGUGCAUGUCAGAAGACACUGAUUCUGUUCAAUGAAUAAGUUGUCAGUUGUGGUUGUUAAAGAUAAUUUUAUUUGUUAAGCAAGGAUGAGAUUUCUUAUCCUCUUUUAUGACACUAUCUAUGUUCGUGAUUCUGCUGUGUUCCUCGCAUGAAAGCGAAAGUGCAUGCUAAAGAGAAUGUACAGCACAAAAUGUGGACGCAUGUGCGAUGUACAGAUGUAAACAGUUGGGCUUUUUAAAAGUCUUUUGGAUAUAGUGCUUAUUAAUGACUGUAUAACUGUUCAGUGAAGGUAUGUGAAUGAUCCUCGGUGGACUCUGCUCCUGCUUCCAACUAAAUCCAACACUUUUCAUGCCAGAGCUAGAACAUGUCAGCUUGCUUUUAUAUCAAAAAAGCCUUAAAUAACGUUCACCAAGCACAUGAGAUAUGUGGCUUCUUAGCUCAGAAAAUUUAUUAAAUCCUUUUAUUACUUAUAAUGAGGGAGUCAGAAUAACUUUUCUGUGCAUUGUUCAGCAUUAAUGCACUCUAACAUAAAGAGAUUAUGAUUGUUACAUGACUGAUUCUAACAUAAUGGAUGUAGCACGUUACAGAUACUAUGUAGCAGGUUGCAAAUAAACUUCCCAAAAUCCUGGAAAAAUUGUCACUUUCCAGCCAGGGAGGUGUUAAUUCCAUGUAAGGUUUGUAGUCAGAUUCAAUCUGAGUCUCUUACAGUAUUGUUUUAUUAAACCAAAGGAAAGGACCAUUCAAUGUCUGAGGGUUUUUAUUUUAAUCAAAGUUUGCUGAAUGUCUGAACAACUCACUUGAAUGAGGUUAAUUUCUUUUGUUUUCAUUCGUCGUCCUCUGUUCUAUUUGUGUUUUUUAUCAACAGGAACAGAGGCACAGAGGAAAAAUGGAGAAAGUGAUACUACUUUUGGUGAUGGUAUUAUAUUGACUAACUGGUUUACAGUUGAAGGUAAACCCAGCAAGCAUUGAUGUGGUGAUUUGAGCUUAUAGUACCAUAC